AGAGGGAUGCGGGCGGCAGAGCUUGAUAGGCGGCUGCCGGGCUUCGGGGCGCCUUGACUCUCCCUCCACCCUGCCUCCUCGGGCUCCGCUCCUCUGCCCCUGGACUCCCGUCUCCUCCUGUCCCCCGGCUUCCCAGAGUUCCCUCCUUAUGGCAGCAGCUUCCCGCGUCUCCGGCGCAGCUUCUCAGCAGACGACCCUCUCGCUCCCGGGGCUGAGCCCAGUCCCUGGAUGUUGCUGAAACUCUCGAGAUCAUGCGCGGGUUUGGCUGCUGCUUCCCCGCCGGGUGCCACUGCCACCGCCGCCGCUUCUGCUGCCGCCGUCCGCGGGAUGCUCAGUAGUCCGCUGCCCGGCCCCCGCGAUCCUGUGUUCCUCGGAAGCCGUUUGCUGCUGCAGAGUUGCGCGAACUAGUCAUGGUGCUGUGGGAGUCCCCGCGGCAGUGCAGCAGCUGGACACUUUGCGAGGGCUUUUGCUGGCUGCUGCUGCUGCCCGUCAUGCUACUCAUCGUAGCCCGCCCGGUGAAGCUCGCUGCUUUCCCUACCUCCUUAAGUGACUGCCAAACGCCCACCGGCUGGAAUUGCUCUGGUUAUGAUGACAGAGAAAAUGAUCUCUUCCUCUGUGACACCAACACCUGUAAAUUUGAUGGGGAAUGUUUAAGAAUUGGAGACACUGUGACUUGCGUCUGUCAGUUCAAGUGCAACAAUGACUAUGUGCCUGUGUGUGGCUCCAAUGGGGAGAGCUACCAGAAUGAGUGUUACCUGCGACAGGCUGCAUGCAAACAGCAGAGUGAGAUACUUGUGGUGUCAGAAGGAUCAUGUGCCACAGAUGCAGGAUCAGGAUCUGGAGAUGGAGUCCAUGAAGGCUCUGGAGAAACUAGUCAAAAGGAGACAUCCACCUGUGAUAUUUGCCAGUUUGGUGCAGAAUGUGAUGAAGAUGCCGAGGACGUCUGGUGUGUGUGUAAUAUUGACUGUUCUCAAACCAACUUCAAUCCCCUCUGUGCUUCUGAUGGGAAAUCUUAUGAUAAUGCAUGUCAAAUCAAAGAAGCAUCGUGUCAGAAACAGGAGAAAAUUGAAGUCAUGUCUUUGGGUCGAUGUCAAGAUAACACAACUACAACUACUAAGUCUGAAGAUGGGCAUUAUGCAAGAACAGAUUAUGCAGAGAAUGCUAACAAAUUAGAAGAAAGUGCCAGAGAACACCACAUACCUUGUCCGGAACAUUACAAUGGCUUCUGCAUGCAUGGGAAGUGUGAGCAUUCUAUCAAUAUGCAGGAGCCGUCUUGCAGGUGUGAUGCUGGUUAUACUGGACAACACUGUGAAAAAAAGGACUACAGUGUUCUAUACGUUGUUCCUGGUCCUGUACGAUUUCAGUAUGUCUUAAUCGCAGCUGUGAUUGGAACGAUUCAGAUUGCUGUCAUCUGUGUGGUGGUCCUCUGCAUCACAAGGACCAAACUUUAGGUAAUAGCAUUGGACUAAGAUUUGUAAACUUUCCAACCUUCUAGGAAAUGCCCCAGAAGCAACAGAAUUCACAGACAGAAGCAAAAUACAGGGCACUACAGUUCAGACAACACAACAAGAGCGUCCACGAGGUUAAUCUAAAGGGAGCAUGUUUCACAGUGGCUGGACUACCGAGAGCUUGGACUACACAAUACAGUAUUAUAGACAAAAGAAUAAGACAAGAGAUCUACACAUGUUGCCUUGCAUUUGUGGUAAUCUACACCAAUGAAAACAUGUACUACAGCUAUAUUUGAUUAUGUAUGGAUAUAUUUGAAAUAGUAUACAUUGUCUUGAUGUUUUUUCUGUAAUGUAAAUAAACUAUUUAUAUCACACAAUAUAGUUUUUUCUUUCCCAUGUAUUUGUUAUAUAUAAUAAAUACUCAGUGAUGAGAAAAAAUUGGCAUUCUUAAAUUUGCGGUAUCUCAUAACUGUAAAUAUAAUCAGACUAGUACAAUCUGUACAGCUACCAAUAUUUCAUGUUUCUUCUCAUCUUGAGACAGCACAUUAGUUUGUACAGGACUCAGUGGCUAGGUUUUGAGUGAUUCCAAGAUCAAGGGAAAUGAUGGUUAUUGGAAAAGAGAAAAAAAUAAUUUACUUUAUAUCGAGUGAGGAUAAAAUAUUUCAGAUCUUCGAAUCAUCUCUAUUUCAUCAACUUUCUUCCCUGGCCUUCCAUUUUCAUCCCUAGAGCAGAAAGAUCUCUGGCAUAUAAACUAAAUAAAAGACGAAGGGGAGGGAAAGUGUUUUAUAACUCAUAAAGGAGAGGGAAAGAAGAUAUUGGUUUUUAUUGGGGAAGUAGCUUAGAAUCCCCCAGUUAAGUGCAUGUAUCUGAAGGAUACUGAACAAGUUACAUACUAGGUAUACACAGAGUGGCAAAAUAUAUUCCAUUUAGGUGGGUGGAAUUACCAGGGGAAAAACGUAAUAAUACCAUUAAAUGUGAAACACCAAAGUCGUGAUUUCUCAAGAGCACCAUACUAUAUUUAUAGUAUAUGGUUCUUUGAAAAGAAGUUAGAAUCACAACCAAUACCCCACGAAUAGUUUUAUGGCUAAUGCAGCACCGUAAUUUGUAAGGGAUGAUGACAAUAUUUCAUGAAAAAAGAGAUAUGUUUUGAGCAUAUUUAUAUGGUGAGGUAAGAAAGAAAAUCCUACAGCAUCUGAAAAACCUCACUGGGAAGUUGGUAUGGAUUUUUGUUUGAUUUGUGCAUACAAAUAGGUAUCACAACUUGGUUUGGAAAAAAUAAGCUGUGAAAAGUCUCAAGGAAUAAGAUGAAAAUAAAUCAAUUAUUACCAUUUAGCUCUGCAAAGCUUUCCAUGGCUAACACAGUAAAUUUAAAUAAAGCUCUCUUUGUCUCCUUCAAA